CGUACUAUAACUGAAAGACUAGCAGCUUAUCCUUAACCAUAUAAUUUCCAAUGGAUACUUAUACAAAGUAAUGUCGCAAGAUACAAUCUCAACCCCUAAGCAUACAUUUGAGUCUUCUGAACUAAAUGAGCAUCUCGUUAGAGAUCAGGAAGAUGAAGACCUACGAGCCAAACGAAGAAGACGGCGUACCACGGAUGCUGAAGCAUCUAUUCUGGAGCAAUAUUUUUUGAAAACGCCUAAGCCAAACCUCUUGGAAAGACAAGAGCUUAGUAAAGAACUACAAUCGAGCAUGUCCCCACGAGAAUUGCAAAUUUGGUUUCAAAAUAAACGUCAAUCGCUACGUAAAAGUAAUAGCUUACUCCGUGCACGUUCAGAAAAUGAUAUAGAGGGCAUGCUUCCAAAAAGACAAUCGAUGAUAGCCCUUUGUGAAAGUCAGAAUGGUGAAGCUGAACUUUUUUUCCUAAAGAAGACUGUCGAUAGUAAAGUCAACUUGGAAAACAAACCACCGAAGCUAAGUAGAAAAACGGAAACUUCCGAAAACAUCGAAAAACUUCUCCCGGGCAAAGUUAAUCAACCUCCUUCACCGAAAGAAGAUAAUUAUUCGUCCCAUAAGGAAUUGGAAGAAUGCGCCAAAAGUCUAAUUGAAUUACAGCAAAGAAAUAAUCAUGCUCAGCUUCAUUAAGCUUUAAUUUGAACGUUAAUGCAAUUAAUAUUGAAUAUAAAUAAUAAGUUACAUCAAACUUGAUAUUAACCUACAAGUACUCGUG